UGCGUAUCUUUCCCGCGAUUUGCCGCCGUGUUUCCGUCACUAGCUGGAUGCUAGGUGAUGCGGGAAGGUUCAGCGCAUUCUCGUGCAAACGCAAAAAUAAAUAAAAGAAUAACUUUGAAAUUGGGGGAAAAUGGCGAAACAAAGCUCCCUCUUCAACUUCUUCCCCAAGUCUCCUCCGCCGGUCUCCUCCAAGACGAAGCCGGGUCCCUCUCCGACCGAGGCGGACCUGCCUUCCUCGGUGAAGAAAUCCAACUCGUCCCCGAAAGAGGAAGCUAAACAGACCCCGCAGCAGCAGCAGCAGCCAGCCAAGAGCAACAAACAGAAAAGCCACUCCAAGUCCGCUAAAGGAGGAUUUAACAAACUGUUUGGAGACAAAGCACCUGCAGCCACACACAGCAGCCCAACAUGCCCUCUAAACGGUGGGGCUCUCGUUUGGACCAAACUGGAGGGGCACCCCUGGUGGCCGUGCAUGGUCAUACCCCAACCUCUGACAGGGCAGCAGAUGAGGGGCAAGGGGCGGAGCCAGCGGAUCCACGUCCAUUUCUUCGAUGAGCCGCCCACCAGAGGAUGGGUCAGCACCAAAUAUGUCAAAGAGUACAAAGGCUCCAGCCACAGUGAUGCUAAAUCAGGCGGGGCGUUCUUCAGCGGGAAACCUGUAAUCCGUCGGGCGAUGGAGCUCGCUGACGACGCUCUGUCUGACAGCCCGGAAAACAGAUUAAAGAUGCCGCUCUGCAUGGACCCGUCGGAUGAUGAAGACGAUGAUGAAGAGAUGGAGCUCGACAAGUCAACCCUGACCGAUGAAGAGCUCACUGACGAGGACGAGUACAAAAACGAGGACGUGAAGUCCCCCAAGGUCAGCCGCCGUUCGUCCCGUGCAUCUAAAGACGAUGGAAACAAGGCCAAGCGCCGUCGCAUCGUCCUCGACUCGGACAGCGGAUCCGAUGACGAAUUUAAACCGGAUCAGGCAGCGUCCAGCAGUGAGGACGAGGAGGAGGGAGAGGUGGUUAGUGAAGAAGAAGGAGAAGAAGAAGAGAAGGAGGAGUCAGAAGCAGAUAGUCCCGUUAAGCCGGUGAAGCGCAAACGUCCUGCUGAGAAGUCGUCUUCUUCUAAAGCGAAGACGCCGUCCGUCCCGGCCAACACGCCCAAACGAGCUCCCCCAGCCGUCAAAGUCGACACAAAAUCCCGCCUGUCCGCCUUCUCUGCUCCCGAGACCUUCGAGAGCCAGGAGAAGGGAUCGGGGGCGAGCGGCGGUCCAACCGUUUGGGACCACGAGAAGCUGGAUUGGUUGCAGGACGGCAGGAGGAAAGACGGGCGCAGGCGGAGACAGUCGGAGGAGGAUUACGAUCCCAGCAGCCUCUACGUGCCCGACGACUUCCUGAACAGGGUCACGCCCGGGAUGCGGCGCUGGUGGCAGCUCAAAUCCAAGAUGCUCGACACGGUCAUCUUCUACAAGGUGGGGAAGUUCUACGAGCUCUACCACAUGGACGCCGUGGUCGGAGUCAACGAGCUGGGGCUGACGUUCAUGAAGGGAACCUGGGCGCACUCCGGCUUCCCAGAGAUCGGCUUCGCCCGUUUCUCCGACGGCCUCGUCCAAAAGGGCUACAAGGUGGCGCGUGUGGAGCAGACGGAGACGCCGGAGAUGAUGGAAGCCCGCUGCAAGACCUUAUUGAGGCCCACAAAGUUUGACAAGGUCGUGCGGCGAGAGGUCUGCCGCAUCAUCACGCGGGGAACCCAGACGUACAGCGUGCUGGACGGCGCUCCCUCAGAGAGCCAGAGCAAGUUCCUGCUGAGUCUGAAGGAGAAGGCCGAGGAGGAGAGCUCCGGGCGCUGCCGCACCUACGGCGUCUGCUUCGUCGACACCUCCGUCGGUUACUUCCACGUCGGUCAGUUCCCGGACGACCGUCACUGCUCUCGUCUGCGCACGCUGAUCGCUCACUUCGCGCCCGCCGAGGUGCUCUUUGAAAAGGGGAACCCGUCUGCAGAAACGAGGAAGAUACUCAAAGCGUCUCUGUCGUCGGCGCUCCAGGAAGGACUGAACUCAGGCACUCAGUUCUGGGACGCGCAGAAGACUCUUAAAACCUUCUCGGAAGAGGAUUACUUCAGAGAGACUUCUGGGAAGGAUCAGGAAACAGGAAGAAGUUUUCUCCCUCCUCUCGUUAAAAAGAUGACGUCUGAGAGCGACUCUCUGGGCCUGACUCCCAAAGAGGGCUACGAGCUGGCUCUGUCGGCGCUGGGCGGGUGCAUCUUCUACCUUAAGAAAUGUCUGGUGGAUCGAGAGCUGCUCUCCAUGGCCAACUUUGAAGAGUACGUCCCCGUUGAUGUGGAGAUGGAGAACGCCGCGGGGACGGCCAGUUUCUUCGCUCAGACUCGUCAGCGCAUGGUCGUCGACGGGGUGACUCUGGCCAACUUGGAAAUCUUUCAGAACGGUUCAGGAGGACUGGAGGGGACCCUGCUGGAGAGGUUGGACACCUGCUGCACCCCGUUCGGCAAGAGGCUGUUGAAGCAGUGGCUCUGCGCCCCCCUGUGUAACCCCGCCUCCAUAAAGGACCGACUGGACGCCGUGGAGGAUAUGAUGGCCGCUCCGGCUCAGUCCGCAGAGGUUUCAGACCUGCUGAAGACGCUGCCAGACCUGGAGCGUCUCCUGAGUAAGAUCCACAGCAUCGGCACUCUGAAGGGGCAGGAUCACCCCGACAGCCGGGCCGUUCUCUACGAGGAGGUCACCUACAGCAAACGCAAGAUAGCGGACUUCCUGUCGGCGCUGGAAGGCUUCAAAACCAUGCAGGAGAUCAUUUCUGUGCUCGCUCCGGUCACGGAGGAGACCCGGUCCACGCUGCUCCGCCAGGUCGUGACCCGCAAAACCGAAAAGGACGGCCUCUUUCCCGACCUCUCCGGCGAGCUCAGGCGCUGGGAGACCGCCUUCGACCACCAGAAAGCGCGCACGACAGGCGUCAUAAGCCCCAAAAGCGGCUUCGACGCAGAGUACGACCAGGCUCUGACCUCGAUCAAACGCUGCGAGCGCGAGCUGCAGGAGUACCUGGACAAACAGAAGAAGAGACUCGGCUUCAAAAACAUGGCUUACUGGGGAACCGGGCGAAACCGCUUCCAGAUGGAGGUGCACGACAGCGUCUCGGAGAGGAAUAUUCCCGAGGAGUACGAGGUGAAGUCCACAAAGAAAGGCUGGAAGCGUUAUGUGACCAAGGAGUCGGAGCGGCUGUUUGCGGAGCUGCAGGGAUUCGAGGAGAAGAGAGACGCCGCCCUGAAGGACUGCAUGAGGAGACUCUUCUUCAACUUUGACAAGAACUACAAAGACUGGAAGACCGGCGUGGAGUGCAUGGCUGUCCUCGACGUGCUGCUGGCUCUGUCACGCUACAGUCAGGGUGGAGACGGCCCGAUGACCAGGCCGCAGGUGGUGCUCCCUGAAGGCGAUGACCAGGCGGCGCCCUUCCUCGACCUCACUGGAUCCCGGCACCCUUGCGUCACAAAGACCUUUUUCGGCGACGACUUCAUCCCAAACGACGUCUUCAUCGGCUGUCCCGGAGGCGGCGAGGACGACGCCAACGAGGACAACGCUCAGGCCUCGUGUGUGCUCGUCACGGGGCCAAACAUGGGCGGAAAGUCUACUCUCAUGAGACAGUGUGGACUGGUGAUCAUGCUCGCUCAGCUCGGUUGUUAUGUUCCAGCUGAGAGCCUCCGCUUCUCCCCCGUCGACAGGGUCUUCACUCGGCUGGGGGCCUCAGAUCGGAUUAUGGCAGGAGAGAGCACCUUCUUUGUGGAGCUGAGUGAGACGGCCAGCAUCCUGCAUCAUGCCACCAAACACUCCCUCGUGCUCGUCGAUGAAUUAGGAAGGGGCACGGCCACAUAUGACGGCACAGCGAUCGCCAGCGCUGUGGUGAAGGAGCUCGCGGAGAAGAUCUGCUGCCGCACGCUCUUCUCGACUCAUUACCACUCGCUGGUGGAGGACUACGCCAACAACUCCGCCGUGCGGCUCGGACACAUGGCGUGCAUGGUGGAGAACGAGUGCGAGGACCCGAGUCAAGAGACCAUCACCUUCCUCUACAAGUUCAUCUCCGGCGCCUGCCCGAAGAGUUACGGCUUCAACGCCGCCCGACUCGCAAACCUCCCCGAGGAGGUCAUCCAAUCGGGGCACAGAAAGGCCCGCGAGUUUGAAAAGAGCACCCUCAGCCUCCGCCUCUUCAAGAAGCUGUGCCAGUUUUCUGAAGACGCCACACCCGGAAACACACACUUUUCUUCACUGGUUCAGAUGCUGCACAGCGUCUAGAUUGUACUCGCACUCUUCAGUUUCUGCUGUUUGUUUCUUCGGCAGGUGAAUAAACACUACUGUCAUGAUCUAAUAAAGUUUAUUUUUAAAAAAGGA